GGAGGCGAGCGGAGAGGCGAGCCCCGGCCGCCGGCUCCCGGGGAGCUGCGGCCCCCGGCGGCCCUGAGCGCCCCCCCCGACGGCCAGGGGCCGGCAUGGCCGGGCCGGCGGCCCGCGGCGGCCCCCCCCGCGCCGGGCGCCCGACGCCGUGGCGAGCCCUGCUGCUGGCCUGGCUGAGCCUGGGCACCGGCACCGCGCAGGACCCGGCGCUGGGGACGGCGGCGCGGGGCCCCGAGCCCCCGGCCCGCGGCGCCUGGGGGCCCUGGGGGCCCUGGAGCGCCUGCUCCAGCACCUGCGGCGACGGCGUCGCGCUCCGCACCCGGCGCUGCCUGCGGGUCCCCGGCGAGGAGCGGUGCGAGGGGGAGCCGCGGCAGUACCGCGUGUGCCAGCUCCACGGCUGCCCCAGCGGCUCGGUGCCCUUCCGCGCCAUGCAGUGCUCCCUCUACGACGCCAAGCCUGUGCUGGGCGCCCCGGCCGGGUACCGCUGGGUGCCGUUCCACGGAGCGCCCAACGUCUGCGACCUCAACUGCCUGGCCGUGGGGCACAACUUCUACUACACCUUCGGACGGGUGCUGGACGGCACCCGCUGCAGCCCCGGCUCCCCGGACCUCUGCGUCGGCGGGCGCUGCCUGAGCGCCGGCUGCGACGGGAUCCUGGGCUCGGGCGCCCGGCCCAACGCCUGCGGCCAGUGCGACGGCGGCCACGACGCGUGCCUCUUCGUGCACCGGCUCUUCCAGGGCGCGCCCCCCUCCUCCGGUUAUUUCGGCUACAGGAACGUGACCAAGAUCCCGGCCGGGGCCACCAACAUCAAGGUGACAGACAAGAGCCGCAACUACCUAGCACUAAUGACCAGCGACCGGCGCUACGUGGUCAACGGGGACUGGUCCAUCGCCUGGCCCGGGGCGUACGAGGCGGCCGGCACCCGGGUGCUCUACGCCCGCGCCGCCGACGGCACCGAGAGCCUGGAGGCGCCGGGGCCCACGGCCGAGGACCUCUACGUGCUGGUGCUGCUGCAGGAGCCCAACCCCGGCAUCGAGUACGAGUUCUGGGUGCCCCGGCCGCACGCCACCAGCCCCCUGCGCCAGCCCCAGCCCCGGGGGGCCGGCAGCCCCCAGCCCACCCCGGCCCCCGCGCCACCACCACUGCCGCUGCCCCAGGGCGCUGCCACUGAGACGCCACGGAGAAACCCUGCCAGCCACGGCGGGACCCACGCAGGACGGUGCGGGAGGUGCCGGACGCCCAAGGGACGGUCCCAGCGCAUCCGCCACUUCUGCCAGAGCGACUUUGUCUUCCAGGCGCGGAUCCUGGCAGUGCACACGGUGGGGCAGGAGACGCGCUACGAGGUGCAGGUGAAGACGCCGUACCGGCACCGCUUCCCGCUGGUGUCCCGCGAGUACGUCUGGGUGUCCAACACCUGCGGCUGCCCCCGGCUGCUGCCGGGCCGCCAGUACCUGCUCAUGGCCCGGCGGCACGUCAACCACGAGCACACGCUCAACCGCAUCCUGCUGCAGGACGACAGCUACGCCCGGCCCUGGUCGCCCCGCGAGGACCGGCUGGUGCGGGACGCGGCCCGCCGCUGCGCCCAGCCGCCCUGAGCGCCCGGCGCCUCGCCGUCCUCGGCCGGGGGGGGCGGUAACUUAUUUUCUUUUUUUUGCAGAAAAUAAACACGUAUCACCUCGUU